AUGGACGCUGCGCGUGGACAUAAACGCAAGAUUUCCUUUGCUGACCUCGAGGCGACCUUUCGCCGACCAGGGCCACCGCUCCAACAUGCGCCGCAGCCGCAACAACAGCAGCAGAUGACCCCGCAGCAGGCGGAGCAGUACCGACAGGAUCACAUGCGCCGGGUAGAGGGGGCGCGACGGCAGGCAAGGAAACCGACAGAUCGCGAGAUACCGGAGGAGCUGUCGGAUGUUGUGGUUGGGGAUGGGGUUGAGCAGUACAGGAAGCUGAGGGACGUGGAGAGGAGGCUGGACGCGACGAUGAUGCGCAAGAGGCUAGAUCUGACCGACAAUAUGCAGCGGCAGUACACUCGGCGUGAAGGGGUGCUACGGGUAUGGAUCAGCAAUACUGCGGAUGGGCAGCCCUGGCAAGCUGCGGAGGAGGGCAGUGUAGGGUUUGGUGAGGACGGGACAUUCGACUUCGGCGAGAACAGCCAGGCGACGUUUCGGGUCAAGGUCGAGGGACGGUUAUUGCCCGACGCGACAUUCGAGAAGGACGGCACGGAUGAGGAGAAGAAGGAGGACAAGUCAAGAAGACCACGACUGAGUCAUUUCUUCAAGUCCAUCGUCACGAGAUUCGACCGCAAUCCUGCACUGCAACCGGACGGCUACAGUGCGAUCGAGUGGCAAAAGCCGACACACACCACGCCAAACUACGAUCCGAACAGCAGCGAGGUCAGCUUUGACACACUCGAGUUCGAGCGGAAGAGUGACGAGAACAUCAAUGUUACUGUGGAGCUCACGCGCGACGUCAAGACGGAGAGGUUUAAGCUGAGUCCGCUGCUCGCGGAGAUCCUGGAUACUGAGGAGGAAGACCUCCCUGGGGUUGUGUCAGGCAUCUGGGAGUACUGCCGUGUCAUGGGACUUCAAGAGGACGACGAUAGGCGGAGCAUCGUAUGCGAUGAACCGUUAAGAAGACUCUUCCAAAAAGACACCAUCUACUUUCCCUACGUGCCAGACGCGGUGAAGCCGCAUCUCCACCAUCUCGACCCGAUCAAACUCCCCUACACCAUCCGCGUCGACAAAUCAUACAUCAACGGCACCCCAGCAACCGACACCGAACCCGCCAUCGCCCCCUCCGCACCCACAGUCUACGACAUCCGCGUACCACUCCCGAACCCCGUCUAUGCCGAACUAGCCAAAUUCAAUCACACCAAAGAAUCGCACACAAAGGACCUCCAAACCAUCGUCCGCACCGACGACGACCUCGCCCUCCUCGUCCAAAAAAUCCACAACACCAACGCCAAGCGCAAGUUCUACGAGAACCUCGGCAAAGACCCAGCGUCCUUUGUGAAGCGCUGGUUCUCGUCGCAGCAGAGAGACCAGGAGGUCAUUCUCGCGGAGAACAUGCGCGGUGGGGGGGAUGAUGGACCCGGCGAGUUUCAUAGCCGGGGCGGGACGGAGGGGUUGUGGGGGACCAAGCAGGCGCAUGAGAGUGUGGGGUUGUGGUUGGCGAGGAAUACGAAGGCGCAUUAG